CAAAGUUUACAACCGUGGGAAAGUUUAUUGAGCAUGCGAUUGUACUGGUUGCUUGCAUGAAUUGUAAUGUGUCGGAAUGCAGAAAAACACAAGUCAAAAUCUGUGGACAAGUGAUGCGAAUUUCUUUGCGAAGAAUUUGCAAAUUAUUUCUUGUGAUUGUCACAUUUAUACUUACACUUAUAAUAAUUUCUGUCACAAAUACAGAGCGAAUACAAACAAAGCAAAUUGUGUUUACAAAGUUUGUUAAGAGAAGUUAUGGAAGACAGUUAUCGCUGCAGAAGGAACAACAGGUGGUUGACCAUAUAAAAUUUCAACGAAAAACAAAUGGAGUUCAUUCUGCUGCAAAUGAUGCAAACUUGAGAAGAGAUGAAAUUGUAAACAAAAAUGGUGAAAUAAAACAGAACAGGAUUCAGAAUGUUAAAAAUGUGAUGAGAAAAACAGUUCAAUCUGACAUAUUUAUUUCUGUUAAAACCACUAAAUCAAACAGAAAUUCAAGACUUAAUUUGCUGAUGGAAACAUGGAUUCCGUUAGCUAAGGAUGAGACCUAUAUAUUUACAGACAAUGAUUCACACAUUCCAGAAAAUUUUCAUGCUGAUCAUUUUAUCAACACUUUUUGUGCAGAUUCACAUUACAGACAAGGAUUGUGCUGUAAGAUGGCUAGAGAAUAUGACAUCUUCAUGGAAAGUAAAAAGAGGUGGUUUUGUCAUGUAGAUGAUGAUAACUAUGUGAAUGUACCAGCUUUAGUAGGGUUUCUGCAGCAGUAUAACCACAGCCAUAACUGGUAUUUAGGCAGACCAAGUAUAAGUCAUCCAAUGGAAGUUUUAGACAGAGCUAACCCAGGACAAAAGUUGGCAUUUUGGUUUGCAACUGGAGGUGCUGGUUUCUGUAUUAGCAGAGGUCUAGCUGAUAAAAUGGUACCACAUGCUGGGGGAGGAAGGAUAAUGACUACUGGAGACAUCAUAAGGUUACCAGACGACUGUACAAUAGGAUACAUCAUAAAUCAUUUGUUGAAAGUGCCUUUGACCAAAAUUAAAGAAUUCCAUUCACACUUAGAGGGACUACAUAGGAUACCUCAGCAUCAACUGUCCAAUCAGCUGACUUUAAGUUAUUUCAACAGUAAUGUGAUAGAUGUAAAAGGAUACAGCCAUGAAAAGGAUCCGACAAGAUUUAGAUCAGUUCACUGUCAUCUGAAUCCCUACCUUUCUCAGUGUGUAGACAUGCCAAGAUGGUGACCAGUAUUAUAUAUUGUCCGGCUAUACCUACAGGCUUCAGAUAUAACUAUAGUGCUGUUACUGAAACGCUGCUGCAAGAUAUUAUACUUAUACUAGAUACAAGUCUUUUUGUAAAUGUAUCAUGCACAUGCAGCAGAAUGAUUUCAUUUUUUUUUAGCAAUGAUCAACAAAAGUUGUAUUAGCAAACUUUUUGAUACAUGUGCAAACGAUAAAUUUUUUAGUCUGUGAUAUUGGCAUAAAAUGGUUGUAGUAGAUUAUAUUUUUAUAAUUUGAGUUAGAGAAAAUUAUUGAUUAUUUAUAUGCUUCAAAAAUGUUUACAAGAAUUUUUAUCCUUUGUGAAAACACUCUGGAUUCAUGUUUUUCAAGGGAGGUAAUUAUGUUAAUUCAAAAAAGUAAAAUCCAAGUUAUUUUUUAGACAACUGUAUGUUGAAAAAAAGUGUUGCAAGAAUUUUUACUCUGAGGAAAAAUGAAGUAUUAAUAAAUAAAAGAUAAAAUAUAAUAAAUAGGAAUUUAUAAAUGUUAUGAAACUAACAGUAUUUACAGCACCAUAAUAUUUACAGAGUUUAUUUACAACUUAACAAUGCAUGAAAGUAUAAUUGACUUGGAAAAUGUCUGUUACAAACUUUGCAAAGAAAAAAUAAAGAGGGAACUAGCAAGAAUGCAGCAUUUUAAAAGAACAAAAGUAACAAGCCAUUGGUUUGCAGUAGUGAGCCUACUAAAGAUGCUUAGCGCCUAAAAAUUACUUUAAAUUGGGUAUUGGAUAUAAUGGAUACUUAUUUUAUUUUGAUAUCAACAUUUAAAGCUGCAGUUUGUUAUGAAAAGUUUGAUAUAGAAAAAUGUGUAAAGUUUAAAGGAAAAUUAGAAUUGAAAUAUAGUAGUUAAUAUUAUUGUUGCAAUACAUUCCAGUUUGUUUUAAACAAUGUUAAAGGAAACAUAGUUUUGGAAGAAGAAAAUAUGUCAUGAUUUUUUUGCAGAUUUUAUAGUUGUAAAACUGAGCUCUUACUUUAUGUUUUGCAAAGUUGCUGAUACAACAAAUAAAAAAAAUAAUAAUUUCAGAAUUAAUGUUUGGUGCUUAAAUGUGAAGUGCAAUUGAUUGAUUAAUUGGUUGUGUUCUGAUCUCAUUUAAUUUUUAUGUUUAAGUUCAUAUCGCAUUCAUCAAAAUAAAGUUGUGACUAAAGUUUAUAAUGAUAUGAAAUAUGAUUUUUAUUGUUCUUUAUUUUAUUUUUCAUUAUAAGUUCCAUGACAUAAGGUAGUUUAUAAAUUUUCUUUCCUUUUAAUUAACUAAUAGCUGAUUUAUACAUUCUCUUACCAGUCGAUUAUUGUUUUGUAAUCAAUGCAUAGUUUGUUUGAUUUCAGGUCUUCAUUGAUCAAAAUUCAAUCUUUCGCCUUAAUUUUGCUGUUGCAACAUCAUAAAAAAAAGAUGAAGCUGUCUGAUUACAUCACAAAGAAAUAACUCAUCUUUUUGUAGAUUAUUGAAAACAAUAUAAAGUUUGUCUAAAAGUCAAUAGAGAAAUCCCCACUGAAUCUUGUGCAAUCAAUAUUUCUCUGAUCUCAUCAGUUCACUUGUUCAGAGUGGUAAAAAUAUUUUAUCGCUAUUUUGUGUAUAUUUCCUUUGAUAUUUUUUGUGAUAAUUUUUCUUAUCAUGCUUCUUGCUUGAGAUGAAAAAUUAUCGUCAAAAAGUAAGGGCGCACGUGCUAUUGUCAAUGUAAACAUCAACGAUGUCAUAAGCAAAAUAGCGAUAAACAGAUUAUCGGUGGUCUUUCAAGCUCUAGGAUGUUUCUCGACCACAUCUUAUCUUUGGGCUGUUGCAUUCGAUGAAGUUGUAGCUGAGAAACACCCUCUCGUUAAAAAAACCAUCGAUAAGAUUUAAGUUUCACACUCAAUGCAGUGGUAGAAUAGAUAUUUAUGUUUCACAUGAGAUUAUAUCAUAUAUGAUGUGUUAACAUCAGAGAGAUAUACUAUGAGGGAAAGACAACUCUUCUGGCUUACUGGUGUGUAACUAUAUUGUCUAACUGGUUAAAUACUUGUUUAAAUUUUGUUCAUGUUUAAAAAAUGUAGUAUUCUUUUGAUAUAUUCCUAAUAGAAUGAACUUAUUUUAAUGUUUUUCUUAGAAAUUAAGGUUAGUGUCCUUUUUUUGUAACUUUUAUUGCUAGAAAUUUAUAUUGAUUGUACUAUAUUAUAGUGACUAAGAUUAUAUAAGUAGGUAUUAUUGUUUUUAUCUGUCUAUAUGUUAUAUGAAAAACCAGUAGUAUAUAUUGUGAACAAAGUUAUAAUUUGUACAGAAUUUUUGUACAAGUUAUGGGUAUUUUGCAAAUUUUUUAACUUAAAUGGAUAAAACAAGCACACUGUCUUUGAUUAAGCUUAUCACUGUCAUAUAAACAUGACUGUAUGAAACAUUUGCCACUGGACAUUAAGCAACUAACAAUCAAUCACUGACUGCAUGCUACAGUCUUAGGACACCAAAAGAAAAUUGGUUGACUAAAAAAUUUGGAUUAGCAAAAUCAAUAGAAAUAGAAUCUAACCCAAUCUGGUGUCCUCUGUGGAGCUUUAUGCCAAAGAGGAUGGUGUCCUCUUUGGAGCUUUAUGCCAAAGAGGAUGGUGUCCUCUUUGUAGCUUUAUGCCGAAGAGAAUGGUGUCCUCUUUGGAGCAUUAUGCCAAAGAGGAUGGUGUCCUCUUUGGAGCUUUAUGCCAAAGAAGAUAACCCUAAGAUUUAAGUAUAGAAAAUAGUGAGUCAAGCACCAACCUUGUUUAUAAUGGAAGAUCAACUUGUAUCACCUGGGGAAAGAAGCUGCAUGGCAAAAUACUGAUAACUUUUACAAAAAGUCUGUACAAAAUUAUAGCUGGUACAUAACAUAUACACAAAAAAUUAUAGAGUAAAGUAUUAAAUCAAUUAUGUAUUUUUGUCUCACAUUUCUGUAGAUUUUUUUGAUUUUUUUAUGUUUGUAUUUUAAAUAUGUUUUAUGAUAAAGUCUGCCAAUAUGAUAUAGAUUAUCCACUUUAUUAUGAGGUUUAUGUAAGAAAUAUUCAAAUUAGGGGUCAGGAGGAACAAUUUGUCACAAAGUUCACCACACUUUAAGAUUGUAAUUGGUUUUAUAGCAAUCUUUUCUUACCUCAAGUUAAAGGUCAAGCCAUCCAUUAUAUACUUUAUAAAGGUGCCUCUAAAACUUCUGGUUAUCAUUUCUGAAAUAGACUGAAAACAGUAUUUGGGCAUAGGUUUACAUGUAAUUUUAGGUUUAAAAUUAAAAGAAAACCUAAAUGACCUUCUUUAAUAAAUACAGUAGCUUGCAAAUUAAUCACAUACACCACCACCCAAAAUGGUCACAAUAUUAAAAUAUUGGCUUUUUAAGCAGGGAAACUUAAGAUUUAUUUACCUUCAAAUAUAGUAUCAACAUAAGGUGAAAGAUGAAUACGUUUUCUGUUUUCAUAUUUUAUCAGCCAAAUUUCACAAUUUAUUGCUUACAGAAUGCUCAUUCAAAUUCUGUUUUAUAAUCAGUCACUAUUAACUUAUCACACAUACCCAGUAUUAGAAUAUUUAUUGUACUCACUUAACUGUCUUGCUUGUGGACUUAUCAGUAUUUAAGCAAAAUCUUGAUGAAGUUUGGAAAACUGUAUUUCGAUCGUUGAUGUUGAUAUUAAUUUGUCAAUAGAAUGGAGAAAAUAUGGAGAGUGGCCGUCAAUCAAGAUGAAUUAUUCCCAUUUCAGUUAUUAUAUGUCUCGUCAAAUUAUGUCUCUUGUUUUCUAUCUUACGUUUUAUCCCAAUAUCUACAAAUAUGUUUCAGUAUUUUUCAUGUAAGAUUAGUUAGAAAUUUCACAUAGAAAUAAUCAUCAGUAGACAAUACUACUACACUCAACACUGGACAUGAGACAGCUUUAAAUGUGAGGAAAGUAUGCAGAAAAGAGAGAGAAAAAAUGGUCCCUUGUUCAUUUCUGCCUUCUUUCCUUCCUCUCAUGUUAUCGCUGAUGAUAUGGGAGGCAAACAUAUUUUAUUAGUUUGCAUUCAACACUAGAUUUGUUAUAACUUGGUUGGUCAUUUCGGUUCCUACCUGAAUGGAGAAAUGCAUGCUAGUAGAAUAAUUUCAUUGAAUUUUUAUUGCAUUUAUUUUUUCUCUGAUCAGCUUUUCAGUUGACAUUGAUUCUUGACUUUUAAAAUUUUAUGCACAAACAUCUUUUGAUAUAUUUUUGUGUUAUAAUAGUAUGUAUAACUACACUUACAGUGAUUUACAUACGGGUAAUUUAGUGGAACUUCAGUAAUUUAUUGUAAGUUAAAAUUAUAUAAAUCAAUUUUUGAUUAAAAAAAGGAUUUUCAGAAAUUUCUGUUACUCUGUUACUUUUCAAAGUUGUAAAUUUUGUGAAAAAAGUUAAAAAUAUAACGAAUUACUGAAUGUUCUACAUUAUUUGAUUGUCAUAAAGAUGCCAAAAAAACGGUUGUGUUUAAAUAAAUUUUAGAUCUGUAUAUAUGUAUUUGUUGUUUCAAUUCAGUGGAGUGGAAAAAGAAGAUUUUCAAAUAAUAGGAAAUUUGAAUUAUGUUUGCAGGACAAAUUAAUUAUAUAAACAGUGAAAGUGCUUUUACUUGUUGAUUCUAACUUUGGGUUUUCUUCAAGUAUCAUUAGUCUGGGGUUCUAGUUUUGUGGUUUUUGGAAAUAUCAUUAGUACCUAUUUACAUGAAUUAUGAUUUCAGUAAUUAUUCGCCUUUUGUUUUUAAAUCUUGUUUUGGGAAUCAGCAUACAAAACAUCAGCAGAAAAUAUUGUUUCAUACAGUAUUUAAAUUUAUGGUUUUCUAUUUGAAAAAGAGAUCCAUAACAAAGAUAAAAAAGUACUUUCACUUUCAGACCUGUAUUGAGUGGGGGAUAGGAGGCACUCAAAUUAAUUUAAUAUGGGUGGUUGCAUUUUCCCUAUUUUUAAGAAUUAGAAUUAAAAUUAAAAUUUGUAUUUUAAGGUUUGUCAGGUCUUAAAAAAGAGCCUCCCAUGCCCCAUUCGUUUAUUUCUGAAACAGUCCUAGAGUAUUUACAAAAUGUAAAUAACUGCUUUUCCAUUGUAAAGGUGAUACAGAGUCAUUGAACAAAAGUGUUUGAAAAUUUUAAAUAUUAGAUUUAUAUGCAUCAUUAGAUUUUUAUGUAAUUGUUUAACAAGAAUAUUCAGUUGUAUACAAUUUUUAUUUCAAUAAAGGGACCAAUAUAUAUGACCACAGAUAUUUUCUGAAUGUUUGUAUUUUUUGUAAAUUGUUAUUUUUAUCUGUUGAUAAAUAGAUUCAUUAUAUUUUGCUAUUUAGCAUCACAAUAAAAUUAUUUUAUGAA